GCAGAAGUUGCAAAUUGAGAACAGUCGGCCAACAAAUAACUCCAUCUUUCUCCAUCAAUCUUGUGACGGCAUUUCUUGUCCAAAUCUCCUCCACGAGAGUCUCCUCCUCCUCAUCUUUGUCACGUGAUGAAAAUGCAAAUUCUUGCCCAACAGCGAUGGAGUUGUCCAGUUUCUUCAAUAUUCUCUCAUCCUUAGCCGCGAAGCUUGAUGUACUAUAUAACCAGAAUAUUUGGAUUCUUGAUUGUACAUGUUAAAGGGUAAUUGUUGCAUCAUGGUUCUUCCUGUAGUGCCAUUGCAAACCAACGACAGUGCUCAAACGUUUGAGGCCUUUGUAGACCAAUGGUUCAUAGAUAAAGAGCAUUAUCUCCGGGACCUCCUCGGACUUAUUUCAAGAAACGGCUGCGACAAUGAGGUGAAUGAGGCCCAAUGCAAAGACCUUAUCGACCGAGUCAUUAGGCACUUUCGCCAGUACUUUGAAGCCAAGGCAAGAAUGAUUGGGGACAAUGUGUUCCUAGUGCUUAUGCCUACUUGGUUUAGCUCGUUCGAGAGAGCCUAUCUCUGGAUGGGCGGAUUUAGGCCUGGAUUGGCAUACCGGCUUGUGAUCAACAAUGUCUUGGACUUGACCGAGGAACAGUCUUGGAGGAUAAACACAUUGAUGACGGAAAUCAAGGAGGAGGAGAAAGAAAUCACAGAUGAGUUUGACAAGGUCCAAGAAGUCAUGACAAGUCCACCGAUGCUGGAAUUGUUGAGGCAUGGGGGCCAGCUGAGGAACGGGUUAGGGCAUAGCAUGGCAUUGCUUGUCGAUCAGCUGAAAUCAGUGUUGGAGGCUCUAGUUGAGUGUGCUGAUUUUUUGAGAAUGAAAACUGGAAUAAUGCUAAUAGAGAUACUAAAAUCGGGUCAAACCAUCAGGUUCCUGGCAGCUGCGAUGCAGCUACAACUCAUACUUCGUCGAUGGGGGAUGAUGAGAGAUGCUGAGCCAGAUGAAUAUGUUUGA